GUCAUUAUAGAAAUUCAUUAAAUCCCGGAGGUCAGCUUAAAAUAUCUCCCGAGCCCGGUAUCACUAAAGUAUGCGAUAUCUGGCAAAGUUCAUUAAAAAAGUUUAAAAAUAGAGAAUGUUUGGGGUUCCGCAAAUUUGAUGAAGAAACAGGAAGUUAUGGAAAUUAUGUAUGGCAGACAUAUGAACAAGUUAAUGAACGAAUUAUAAACUUUGGAAAUGGACUUUUACAUCUUCAAAUUAAUAUAAUAAAAAGUGAUCAAACUGAAAAAUUUAAGAUUGGAAUUUGUUCUAUUAAUCGUCCUGAG